CAAAGCUUUUUAUAGAUUUUUCAAAGUGUUUUAUUUUUUCAAAUACGUACAUGCAAAAACCAAGGCUUUUCCUUUUCUCGAAAAAAUAGUUGCAGGUGUAAUUAUGUAAGUGUAACAAAUAAAGCUUUCUUGUUUGGUUCCUAGUUCCUACCUCUGACUUUUCUGAUUUCUCUCUCUCUCACAGACUUGUCUGAAACUUUUCAAGAACUCAGAUUCGUCUCUUUUUAAUCUCUCUUCUUAAAUCAAGAUCCAAAUAGAGCGAAGCUUGGUUCAAAGAUUUGAAUCAGGUACAACUCAAAGUUCCAUUAACAUCUAUGGAUAUCGAGACAAUCUCGACUUCUCUUUAUAACUAGCUCUGUCUUUGUUUUUGUUUUGUUUUAAACAAAGUUUCCAAAAUGGUGGAAAAAUCUGAUGAUGAUGAAAAGCAUUUUUCUUGGUGUUGCUUUCUUUUACAGAUGUCAUUGCUGUUUUUUCUUGUAACCCUAAUUUCAGCUGUAGCUUUCCUCUCUUUCUUGAACUCUCAUGGAGUCUCCUCUCUCCUAAUAACCAUGGCAAUCUUGUUCUUCUCCACUUCUGUUUUCUUUCUAAGAUUCUUUAAGAAGAAGACAAAACUAUGUUUGGCUGAGAGAUCCCAAGAAGAAGGCCAUGAUGAUGAUGAGGAUGAUGAAGAUGGUCUCAUUGAGAUUGCUCUUGUGAGUGAAGAAGAAGCAGAGACUAUAGAGGCAAUGAGAAACAUUAAUGAAAGUCGACAGAGAAUUAGGAUUGAAGAAGAACAAGAAGAAGAGAUUGAUGAUGUGAAUAUGGAAGAAGAUAAUCUUAUUGAGAUUGAUAUUUCCAUUGGAUCUAUUAAAAGACGAAUGUAAUUUAAUUUGAUAGAUCUCAUGAUCACACCAUCGUUAAAUCCGAUUUUUAUUUUUCAUUUCAGAUGUACAAAGGAAAUUCAACAUUUUAAUAUAUUAUUGUUCUAGAUA